UAAGAGGUACAAGCCACAGCAUUCAACGGACAAAAAAAUUCUCAGUUGUGGUGCUGUAGAUAGUAUGAUUUGGCAACAGAUUCAGAUCUUUAAAAGAUUUUUUUUUUAUGUAUACCACCUUGACAUUGAACCAACUGUGGAAUAAAAACGUGACAGAAUCCUUAAGCACGAUUACUCAGCUUUUGGUCUGUCUAAUUUAUUUAGAUUGAAAGCCAGCACGAUGUAGUGAUUUGAGGUUUUGGACUAGAACUCUAUGUGACCAGGAUUUGAAUCAGUGCUCAGUCAUGGAAGCCUGCAAAGGGAGUUGGACUGGUCACACUCUUCCAGCCUAAGAAGGCAGCUGCAAACCUCCUCUGAAUAAAUCUUGCCCAGGAAACUUUAUGAUGGAGGUAAGUCAGAGUUACCUGAAAGUCACAUAAGUUAUUUUGAACAAACAAACAGAACUAUGAAGCUGCCUCGGUAUUUAACCAUAAAAAUGUUGGCAUCAACAGGAAGAAAGCCAACGAUUCUUUAAAUGUCAAGUCCUGUUUUAAAGGGGAACUGAUGGCCACUAUCAUUUAUGCCUUUAAAGCAAGGUUGGUAAUACUAUGAGGAAUAGAUAGACUGGUAGUGGUGUGUAUUCAAGUAAUUUCCAACUUGUAAUUAUACUAAGGAUUUUCUUAGCGAGAUUGUUUAGGUAGGUUGCUUUUGCCUUCGUCUGAGGCCGAGAAUGUGACUUGCCCAAGGUCACCCAGUGGGUCUCUAUGGCUGAGUGGGGAUUUGAAUCCUGGCCUUGUUUUUGAACUUUUUGUGCAGUUAGAUACUGGAUGCUACAUUAGUUUAGUCUGUAAUUCUUUAUUAUGUUUGCAGCUCUAUCAAAGUUCCUAAUCCCUGUGUGAUCUCCUAACCCAUUCCCUUUCCACUUUACAAAUAUAUAUAUUUUUAGGAUUAAUAUUAAUAAUUAUAAAUUGUUGUAGGAUGCUAAGGACUUUGGUUUGGAAAUCUCAGACUGAACACCCCCCCCCCCCCACAUUCUAGUUUUAGUAAACGCAGAAGCUGUGAACCUCAAAUUCAGGAUUCAGUUCAUGUUGGCUUUACCAGCUGGCCCUUGCUCUAUACAUGUUUCCUCUUUUGCAUCUUGCUUUACACCCUGAAUGCUAAUUCCAACUGAAUUAUAAAUUUCUUUCAUCCAGGUGGAGGAAACUUCAUACAUGAAGCAGCUUUAAUAACCCAAAUUCCCAAUCAUUUCUCCAAAAGGCCCAGGGCUUCUUCCUUCCAGCCCCAGUGCUUCAAUCAGUCACCUGCAACAUCCAGUUGCUAGCCUGUGAUGUUAGGGCAUUUGCCAUAAAGUUGCAUAACCCAUCCUCGCUGUGCUCACAGGGCAAACUAAAGGUAGUCAUCGGAUUACAAUGUGACUUCAGGCAUGACUCAUAGUGUUCUGGAGCCUCUCCUCAGACUAAAAUUAGAGAUGGCCUCUGCCCCACCCUUCAGUCUUCUCUUCCUCCCCAUGCUAACCCUAACCUUCAAGAAUGGUAAGGAUGUCAAGGCAAGGUGUGCCCCUCGGGCAAGAAUGAUGCAUCGUCCCCAAGUGUCCCUCCGCCUCAGAAAAACACAGACGUAGUGCAUGUUAGCUGGACAACGUAGUGCAUCAUCCUACAGGUAGCCUUGGUCCUCCCAGCCCCAGUGUUGAAAAAGUAGGAGUGAAAAACCUUCUAAUCCAUGACAGAACAGUUGAGAGCUUGUUUUGGAAGAUAAAAGAUGGCCUCUAGGGUUGCUCCUCAGAGAGCUAACAAUGUAGGGAUUUAGGACUCUUAGACCAGGAUUCACAUCCUUGCCAAAAAAAAUCCUAUGAUAAGGUCACCAUGCAUCAGAGUUGACCUGAAGCUACAUAACACUGUUCACACCAUCACCACCACUCUCUUCUUGUGGUUGUUUUUCCCUCUCUAUCCAUUAGGUUUCCUCCUAGGUCUGAUUUUUCAAGAACUCUUGAAUGCUGCUUGCAUGGAAAAAUGUCUCUCCAGCAGUAAAGAGUGCAAGUUACAUAUUUAACAGAGGUGUGUGUAGGUUAAAGCUUCUUGGCUUCAAGGUUCUGCUUGCAUGUUGCGUAUGCUAACAACUCAUAGAAUCCAUAAAAUGUGCACAAGCAUUUGGGCUAGGCAACAGAUUUAUAGACGUUUCGGUUAUUCACGAGGAAAUAAUUUUUGAGGCCACACCUAGUCAGAGAGGGAGGCCUGCUGUGGGCAAAGGCACUGGACUUCUAUUUCUCCCAAGUGUUUCUUGCCAACAAGUCAACAAGUAGGAGGUACCACAGCCCAGAAGCAGAGCACAUGUUUUGCAAGCAAGCUGUUAAAGACUUAAUAUCCUGGCAUUUCUUACUGAAAGGAAUAAUAGCAGGCAAGGUGAAACAGGCUGGUUUGCGACAUUUUGCAAAGAACAAGACUGGGGAUGGGAUUUGCAGUUGUCUUUCUCCCAAUUGGUCAAAAUCUUGUAUCUGAAGAUAGCAGUGUUGCUUAGAAGAAGCAAGGCAGGUGACACAGCCUGUAGCUCAGACUUCCCACACUUUGCAACCACCAUCCAGUAUCUUCUGCUUGAGGCACUUGCUUCACUUUGCUUAAAGGUAGAACUGUCCUUGGAUGUGAAUAACCUUGGAAGACACCUUAGAUACUGCCAGUUUAGUGGUGCCAAAUCAGCUGCAUUCCAGGCUCAAGAUUUCAAGGCCAAAGCCUGGCACUUUGGAACAGCUCUGGCAAAUGUAAUUAAAUAAUAUAUUAAGUUUCAACCACAAUUACAUUAUUCAAAUGCAAGAUGAACAGAUUAGAAUGUUUCCAUGUUGGAUAAUAAGAUGCAAACCUUAGCUAAAAGUGGGUGUUCCCAGCUCCAGCUGAAGUGAGAUCAUUCUUUCUUAGCUGUUUAGAGAAUCUUCAUAGGAAACAUUUGCUGUGAUUUGCUUCUGGCAUGAAAGGUUUAAGUGGCCACAAGUCAAGCACAAAAUGCUCACUAGGAACAAGGCAACAUUGUAAUAUCAAGACAAACACACAGCGGGGAGAUGAUGUCCCUAAAGGGUGAAGUUUUAAACAUUAAGAGCUGCAUUUCACAGAUCUCAAUAGGACUUUGUUGCUAAAUUCUUGUGGUAUUCAUAAGGGUGCCCUAUCACAAGAUUUGUUUUUGUAGCAUCAUUUGUUUGGAAAGGGCUUACCACUGCUUUCCUCUGCAGCUGAGAGACUGUCUUUUCCAAGAUCACUAAGUGGGUUUCCAUGGCCAAAUGGGAAUUGGAUGGCCAGUAUCCUAGUCUUUUCUGCCAAUCUAGCAGUUUGAAAACAUGCCAAUGUGAGUAGAUCAAUAGGUACUGCUCCGGCAGGAAGGUAACCCUGCUCCAUGCAGUCACAUGACCUUGGGGGUGUCUAAGGACAACAUCGGCUCUUCGGCUUAGAAAUGGAGAUGAGCACCAACCCCUAGAGUCGGACAUGGCUGGACUUAACGUCAGGGGAAACCUUUACCUUUACCUACUAUCCUAGUCCAGCACCUCAGUAGAGUGUACUUCUAAGCCAGUGGUCUCCAGACUUCAGUCCUCCAGGUGUUUUGGACUUCAGUCCCCAAAAGCCCCAAUCCCAGCUCGACCACCAGUCACAAAUUCUGGGGAUGAAAGUCCAAACACCUAAGCCCAAAGUUUGGGGACCACCGUUCUAAGCCAAGAGAAUAAUGUUCCUGGUAAAAUUUCACCAUAAGUCUUCCACAAAGUCAUCUAUAACCAAUUGAAGCUUGUAGUUCUCUGAGACUUUCUUUCGCACGCACAUUUUUCUGAGUGGCACUAUUAUCCAGAAUGUCUAGCACUCUUCAAGAGAACUGGAGAAGACAGAUUUCAGGCCUUAGACCCAGGGUCAGACCUAAGCAGCUUGAAAUCUAACUGGAGUUCAAAAUCACAGGCAAAAUGGGAAAUCCAGCAUGUCUAAGGCAGCUUUCCUUUAUAUAAGCUCCUCCCCACCUCUCUUAGAUGUUUAGCUCAGCAUCAGAGAUAAGACCCUGAUGAUGUAAAUGGCUAAGAGAGGCAGAAAGAGGUUGUAUCACUGUGUUAGAUAACAAUUUAAGCCAGUGAAGCGUAUGGUAUGAAUGUUCUGAUACUUUUAAAAACUGCCUGUUGUAUUAAUACCUGAAACUGGGUGGGAGGGGAGGAGAUACCAAAAAUGCUCUCAUUCCUGUUCCGGCCUGAAAUGUUCAAGGUAAGAAGUCAGAGAACAAACAUUUUGCAGAUCAAUACAAAGUACUGUAAUUUUUACUAUUUUGCCAGCUGCUUAACCUGUAUCCUCACUUUAUUUUAUUCCCUACAUUAUGAUUCUGUCAUCCUUCAUUUGUGAAACUGAAGUCAUACAUAAAGCUCCCAGUAUGAGUGCCAUGUCGGGAUUGUCCUGUAUCCUGAGAUUCUCAUACCAAAACCUGAGACGUAGAAGGGAUACAUUGUAUACCUUACAUAGAAAGCUAUUCAAACAAUACAGCGUGACAGAUCCCCUUUCCAUGCUGGUCCUGUAUUUCCAACUCUUGUGCUUCUAUUACUUUUCUCCUGGGUGUAUUGUUUAAUGAGUUCACUGUAGUAAGACACAGUUAUAAAGAAGAAUAAACAAGUAAAUAUUUAUUAAUACUAAGAUCAAACAUUAGCCUCUGAACAUAUGCAUAGCUCCCCAAAAUAGCAUUCGGUUCUUCGUCCUGGCUGACUGUCCUAUCUCAAAUAAAGCAUCUCCAUAUUCUACAUCCUCUCUUUCUCAAGCAGAUUGGGGCUGCGAGGUUAUCUUAUAUUAUAACCUAUUAUCUUUCUCCACAGCAACCUGCUUCUGCUCAUGCAUUUAGGUAGAUUAAUUCAAUUGGCAUAGGGCAGAAUACAUUGUGUACGGAAAGGUUGUGGAUGUUCCUGGUGCCUUUAAAAUAGCAAUACCCAUUACAUCUUGUGGAAGGGCUGAAGAAAUCAUAAAAGUUUUAACAUGCAAAUAGUUUAUUGCCUAUGUCUGGGAAAACAGGUUGUAAAGGGACAUGAGACAAAAACAAAGAACUGACGGGAAUCAGCUUUAAAAUUUCUUAUAAAAGUAAGUGCAAGUAAACUUGGAAGAAGAUAUAAUAUAAUUCUAAUGGACGCUUCAAGUAACCUAACAGAAGUUGAACUACACAGAUUUGGGCAGGAUCAUCCAUUUAAAACAAGAGUAGGAAUAAUUCAGUCUUCCAAUAUUAUUUCGUUGGAAAGCAAACACUAAACAUGAAGGGUGAAAGACAAUAAGAUACUACACAGAAAAAAUAUAUACAGUAGAGUCUCGCUUAUCCAACGUAAACGGGCCGGCAGAAUGUUGGAUAAGUGAAUAUGUUGGAUAAUAAGGAGAGAUUAAGGAAAAGCCUAUUAAAAAUCAAAUUAGGUUAUGAUUUUACAAAUUAAGCACCAAAACAUCAUGUUAUACAACAAAUUUGACAGAAAAAGUAGUUCAAUACACAUUAAUGCUAUGUAGUAAUUACUGUAGUUACGAAUUUAGCAUCAAAAUAUCACGAUGUAUUGAAAACAUUGACUACAAAAAUGCAUUGGAUAAUCCAGAACAUUGGAUAAGUGAGUGUUGGAUAAGUGAGACUCUACUGUAGUUUAUUACUGAAAUACAAUAAGCCACUGGAAAAAGUGUGAGGCAUAUUGAGUUAAUGAAUAAAAUACAAAAUUACAAUAAUUAAACUUUAGUUAAAAUGGCUAAAUUACUCAUGGAUAUGUAUUAAUUUUAAAUAUGCUUGUCUCUCUUUAGCAGAAACUGAAAUGCAAGUAGAAAGUCUGAUAGUUGCCUUAGCUUGAGGAGAAGUCAGCCAUGAUUUUAAAUCCAGCAUUUUCAGAAUCUACCUGAGUAAGGAUUGCCUUCUCCUCCUUUUAUUACGCAUAGCAGUUUUGUAUGGGUUCUUUUCCUUUCCCCUUAACCACCAUGGCUCAAUGCUGUGGAAUCAUCAGGGUUGUCAUAUCAUAAGUCUUUUAUCCUUCUUAGAGUCAAAUAGUGCUGGUGCCUCACCAAACUACAGCUCCCAUGAUUCCAUUACAUGGAGCCCAACAGUUAAAGCGAGGCCAAACUGCAUUUCUAUUGCGUAGAGCAGGCAUGGGCAAACUUCGGCCCUUCAGGUAUUUUGGACCUUAGGUUUCAGAAAUCCCAGCCAGCUUACCAGCUGUUAGGAAUUGUGGGAGUUGAAGUCCAUAACACCUGGAGGCUGAAGUUUGUCCAUGCCUGGUGUAGAGGCACCUGAAGAUGAAGUAUACUGGUUUUUCCUUUUUCGUAUCAGGAGCGAUUUGAGAAAUUGCAAGUCGCUUCUGGUGUUAAAGAAUUGGCCAUCUGCAAGAACGUUGCCCAGGGGACACCCGGAUGUUUGACGUUUUACCAUCCUGUGGGAACCUUCUCUCAUGUCCCUGCAUGGGAAGCUGGAGCUGACAGACAGGAGUUCACCCCACUCCCCGGAUUCAAACUGCAGACCUUUCGGUCAGCUGUCCUGCCGGCACAAGGGUUUAACCCAUUGCGCCACCGGGAGCUCCUUAAGUAUACUGGUAAAAAGUGGCAACAAGCCUCCAUCAAACAAUUUUCUGUUUUAUUAAUGGUGGAAAUUAUAUUUAUUACAUAUACAGUAGCCUUUCAAUUAACCAACUUAGUUAACUGGGGGCCCUUCCACACAGCCAUAUAAACCAGACUACCAAGGCAGGAUAUCCCACAAUAUCUGCUUUGAACUGUGUUAUCUGAGUCCACACUGCCAUAUAUUCCAGUUCAAAGCAGAUAUUCUGCCUUGAUAUUUUGGGUUAUAUGGCUGUGUGGAAGGGCCCUGAGAGUCUACUGUAUAUGUUUUACAUAUAAUACCUUUAUCUGGUAUUAGCAAAUGCCAGAUCAAUUUAGUUUCUGGUGGUUUGAGACUUACAAUUAUAAAUAGGCCUAACUAAUACUAUAUUUUAUACUACCAGGUAUGGGCAAACUUCGACCCCCCCCAGGUGUUUUGGACUUCAACUCCCACAAUGCCUAACAGCCUGCUGUUUUGAAAUACAGUAUUAAAAGCAAAGAAAGACAACUUAAUGUAACACAGAUUUAGUGUCUUAUACAUGUAUUUUUUAAUAAUAUUAUUUUGUUUGAUGUUUUUGAGAGUUCCAAAUGCUUGAGUUGUGGCAAACUGAGAGUGUGCUGUCAUAAUAAAGUAAGUCAAAGCUACCUUUGUUUAGUUCCAAUUAGCCAGGGUCAUGCUGCCUUCCGGAGUUUCGGGUUUCAUUUCAAGUACAGUGAUGUGUAUGUGUGAGAGAGGAAGGUUUUCAACAAUGACCGCAGCAACGCAGGUACAGCUUACCUGCCCAGGUAUGCAAGGGGUGUGGUUCAGCUGGUUGGCUCACCUGCACAGGGACCGGUAGGUCUCACACCACUUUGUAAUUCUUGCUUGUCACGCCGGAUGCCACCAGCUCGGUGCUCCGAAAAGCGAUGGUAGGAAUUGGGGCCAAGCACCUGCGAAAAUAGGACGGUUUAUGCUGUGAAUCUCAGAUAAGACAACUUGUGCUGACAUCAUGAGUGAUUCAGGAAGCCUAGUUGGUGAUGUCUCAAAGCCCAGUGCCAGAGCCAUAUAUGAGCAAAGGAAGAAGUAUUCCAACAUCAUCAUGGCAGAUGUUUCCCAGUAUGCUGUCAAUCAUCUGGUGACCUUUUCAAUUGGGGAAGAAGAUGAUUUGGCAUCUGUAGAGGACGCCACCAGGAAACUGUCCGUCAUGGAUGCCCAAGGGAAGAUCUGGGUUCAGGAAAUGUUACUUCAAGUCAAUGGGUCGUCCAUCAAGCUCUUCGACAUAGACUCAAAGGAUGAACUGGAAAACUAUGGAUUGGCAGCUGUGGCUCGUUGUGAGGCUGUUAGACCAGAGUCUCGGUCCCAGUCCUUGCUUCUACUUGUGUGCCAGGAUCCCACCCAGCUAAAACCAGAUGUUCACUUCUUUGAAUGCAACCUUGUUGGGGCAGAAUUGAUCCGACAGGACAUUAACAGUGCUUUGCAGGAUUUCAAGUCCGGAGGAAAUACCCAAAGGAAGGAGGCACUCAGAGAUACCCAGAAGUGGAUUGGCAACCAGACACAAAAUGCUCAGGUGACUGCUGCUCAGCCUCCCAAACAAGUGUCUUCCAGGACAAAGGUCAUUGCACCCGAGCAAAAAGACAAUGAUCUCUUGGCAGGAGAAACUGACCCAGCCUUCAUCCGUGCUGAGAGAGAUGUGGAGCUGUUGAACCGGGUUUUUGAUGACGUGGAAGCCUUUGUGGGGAAACUGCAGAAGUCUGCUGAAGCAUUCCGUGUAUUGGAUCAACGCAAACGCUCUGCCAGGGGCCGUCGGCGAGAGCCAGGAGAAGGACUCCUGACAAUCCGAGCUCGCCCCCCGUCCCAAGAAGAGUUUGAAGACGCUCUGGCUAAAAUUAAAUAUUCUUUCAGCAUUCUGGCAAGACUGCAGUCUAACAUCACAAACCCUACCUCAGAGGAGUUGAUUCAUUUUCUCUUCAAUCCCUUGAAGAUGAUUGUAGAGUCUUCUGGAGGACCAGAAUUUGCUUCUGAGGUGCGCAAUCCCAUGUUGACCCUGGAGGCGGUCACACUGAUGCGUGGUUGCCUAGGGGAAAAGGAAGCCGAGUUGUGGCAUUCACUGGGAGACAACUGGAUCAGGCCAAGGCUGGACUUCCCCAGGGACUAUGCUGCUCCCUACACCCCAACUUUCCGAAGUGGCUGGGAGCCCCCACGCCUGGACUCUUCUGGGCAGCCGUGGGAAGAUCCAGUAGAGAUGCAACACCGGCAUGAAGAACGGCGCGCUCAGCAAUCAGCUGUCACAAUUGCAGCCAAUGGACACAGACAUCCAGACAAGAAGAUGGUGAUUUGCACCCAUAACUUCACAGCCAGAAACAACAAUGAACUGUCAGUGCUUCAAGAAGACGUAUUAGAGGUCUUGGAUGACAGCAAGAAAUGGUGGAAAGUUCAGAACCGCUACGGACAAGUUGGCUAUGUUCCUUAUAAUAUACUUAGCCCAAUUAUGAAUGGUGAAGAGUCUGGUGUCCAGAACCAUAAGAGAACUGCCCAGGUCAAUGGGACUAGUCCUGUGAUAAGCAAGAAAAUUCCACCCCAGCCACCACCAAAGACUAAAACGAUAUACUCCAAUGGCAGGAACUGGGCCAGCACAGAGGCACUUAACAUGGACCUGAGUGAUCGGGAGCGCUUCAACACCGUGAAUGAGGAGCUUGCCCUGAGGUUGGCCAAUGGGUCAGCUGCCCGCAAGAAUCUUCACAUCCAGCGUGCUCCUGAUACCAACGUGCCUUUGGGAUACGAUUCAAAUACUGCUGAAGUCCAGACAUGGCUAGAGGCCAAGGGGUUCAACCCAUUCACCGUAAAAGCCUUUGGAGUUCUGAGUGGAGCUCAGCUCUUCUCCCUGCAGAAGGAGGAGUUCAAAGCGGUCAGCCCAGAGGAAGGAGCUCGGGUGUACAGCCAGGUUACCGUCCAGAGAGCUCUCUUGGAGGAUUCCGGGAAAAUAUCAGAGCUGGAAGCAGUAAUGAAGAAACAGAAAAGGAAACUGGAGGGGAUGAGUGAAUAGCAGUCUUUGGUAUAGGAGUGCCCUCUACUGAAGAAAUGUUGGACUACUGGAUUUCAGUCUCAGGCAUCAUAUUCAAACUUCCUUCCACGCGCCUUGUACAGGAACAUGUACUUGAGCUAAGCGGUUUUGAAUGCAUAAUUUAUAUUUCUGAUCCGUUGCAAAAAAAAAUUCUCUCCCAGAUCUUUCAAUCUCCCUUGUUGAAAUAGCUGUCAAGAAGCAAUCAUCUGGUUCAUGGACCCUUUUCCUGGGAAAAGCUGAAAAUAGUGCCGCCCUCCUCUUCCUCAUAAUGCAGAAUAUUCAUAUUGCACUUAUUUAUCUUCUCUUGUUAAAAAUAUGGUUUUUAUUUAGGUUUCUUGUGUGUAGGUAGGAAAAUGAGAGAGUUAUCUUUUUAUUAUCCAGUUUUCCAGCUUUAGAUGAUGCUACACAUAUUCUUUGAUUUGUGUGGCAUGCUUUUCUUGGUCAGUAAUCUGCAUUAAAAUGGUUGUAUUUAUUUUGCA